UAUACCAGGACGAACGAGGAAGCAGAGUUGUGUGCAAGUUAAAGUGACUUUCUCAGUCUCAGCACGUGGGUGAACAUGUCAUCAUAACAGUCUCAUCCUUCCCGUAGUAGAUUAUUGUAUCUUGGACGCAAUCCACGAUUUCACUUAUCCUCCUUCUUGGAAACUUGAGUGGUUUACGGUUUUUGGUGAAAGUGCGAAAGGGUGUAAAAUCGUGGGUGUAAACAUAAAUAGAUACACAAGGUGCAUAGUAAAAAUGUGGGAAAAAGUGUGCUAAACGUGACACAAAUAUUAGUGCUUGCAGAAAUUUGGAUAUAUUUUUAGCUAAUUUUCUAUCUGCAUUGAAUGGAGAAAGUUCGAAAUUUGACGAGCCGGAUAAAACUGCAUUGUGAAAUUAAUCAUAGUCUCGAUCGACCCUGUGAUCUCGAAUUUAUUUCAUUGUGACAGAUGUGUAAUUUGGAACAGACACUGGCAUGAGAUACGUCGUAAAACAGACGACUCUUGCAAUCAAUGUCCCCAAAAACUUGUGCAACUGACACGCUGAAGAAAGUUGCCCAAUGUCACCAACACUCUUGACAAAGUCUGUUUCUGUUUGCAAGUUGCAAAUAUUUUUCGACUUUUGCGUCAUAUUGAAGUAGAAGAGAAAGCAUAGCUGAGCAACAUCUCAUCUCUUAUUUUAUACUGCGUCGUUGUCACCCCCAAGAAAUUAGAUCAUCUCACAAGACCAGACCUUGGACAAGAAAUUGCACAAUAAACCGACAUAUGACGAUAAAGAAAAGCCUAUAUACGAUGUAGCAACAACCCCGAAGAAGAAAAAGUGUCCCGGUAAAUAAAUAAUGAGAAAAGAUAGAAAGAAGGGUGCAAAAAAUGCUUUUGCCUCACACACAUGACAUGAUUUCCGACUUUGCCCUAAAAAUCGUGUGGUUUCAGGCAGAAAACAAAGCGACAUUUCCUUCCUCGUCGUCACAAGGGAUAAAAUAAAACCUCUAGUUUUCUUUGUUGACUGACAUUUCUAUUCGACGACUUCUCGCUCAUCAGUCCCUCAUUAUGUCAUGAGUUUGCAGAAAAACUUUCACCCUGAGAGAUCCUGAAAGAAGGAGAGAAAAAACUUUACAAACGUCGAAAACAUUAACGUCCAGAUUUUUGCACAUGGUGCGCCCCGUCGCGAUGUAAUGAGUGUCGAGAUAACGAUGAUGUGAUGUGAUCUGACUGUUCACUGAUUUUGCACAAUUUCCGACACGGCUUGGUGCUAUAUGGUGCUAACUACAGUAAUGCGAACAAAGAAUACAUAUUCGCCCAACUUUCAGUAGAUUUGUUUCACCACGACUGACUGACGCCUGAUCACUUGAAGAAUAAUAUUACUUCUUUCUGUCUCAUGUACAUACAUAAAACUGCCGAAGAUGAUGAAGAGCGGACUCGAUUUGUUCGCUUGACUUGUCGGUUUUAAGUUUUAUUCAGCUCAAAAUGUUUGCAUACUUUCAACUUCAACUUUUCCUGGCACUCGUCAAACUGCAAAGAAGAAGACAAAGCACUGUUUGUUGUCAUUUUCAUUUGAGAACUGAACUUUUUUUAUGUGUAAAUAAGCAAAACCCAAAAAGUGCAUUUACAUUAAUCCUGCAUGAAUGAACAUUGAUUGAGAAACAAAGAUUUUCAGAAGGUAUUAUUUUUUAGAGCGAAAGUAAGUAAACCUUUAAAAAAGUAGAUUUUUGAUCCACGACAAGAUUAUUUCGUGGUGUCGUCACAUUGAGAAAGGAAAAACAGUCCUACAUAUUUAUUCGACGACGCUUGACUCCAGAACUCUGUCAACAGUUCCUCCAACCAAGUGUAGAAAGCAAUGAGUUGGUGUUAUGUCAGUUUCAAUUGCUGUUUGUUAGUGAUGGUAUUAUGGUGACACCGUGUCAUCCCGUGCUCUUGCUGUCAUCAUGUAAAAGAAGAAAAAAGUGUUAGAAUUGAUGAUGACGACGAGGUUGGAAUCAUUUUGGUGGCAAGAGUCUCGGAAUGCAAAAUAAGAGAAAAACUUUGACAUUAUGCAACCAGAAGAAACUCUUCGUAAUGAUUGAAGUCUCAAGUUUUACUCUGAGAAAAAGUUUUUCCGAAGCAUUAUUUUCAUGCUAGUGCCCCUUCAAAUUAAAGGAUGCUGAUAUGUGCCAGAGAUCCUUUACAUACUGCUGCUCAUUUCUUGACAAAGUCAACAUUUUAUCCACGGGGUGCUUCGCUCUGUUCAAUCAACUAUUUUACGUCCUUAUCCGUCGUAAUGUAACUUGGUAGGUGGAUGGAUGUAGUAUGAUGAUGCAGCUUAUUAUAAAGAUGAGACUGGGUCUACCCAUUACUUAAAAGUGUGGAGAAUGGAUUCAGCAACAACGGUGUCAAGCGUCACCCCAUCAAUAAUGGCACAAGGGAAUACUCCCUCAGAUGAAGACAAGCUUAUUUUCACCACCACCAGUAGCAGUGGUACUUUACCAGUCGCCAUAGGUGGUGGUUGCACUAGUUCAGGUCCUCCCGCUGCUGCUACUGCUGGGCAGACAAGUAAAAGGUUUCAAAAGUUCCAUCUCUAUAAACCAUUUGGUCACAGGAGGCGUCUCAGUGAGAAAUUGAGACUUCAUGGAAAUCUUGGAGGCGGAGGAACAAACGCGAAUCAACCACCAAAAGUAGUAGCAAUUGGUGCACAAUCAUCAUCUAUUUCGAAACGGGGUAGGAUUCAGUCCAACAAAAUCAAGCCAUUCAACGCGUCAACGAUUGACGAAGAAGGAGAAAGUUGUUCAGAUUUUGGGAGCUUGUCAGUAGAUCAAAAGGAUUCCGGGGUGGAUCCUGGAUAUCAAGAGGAGCACGUAAUUGUUCCAAUUUCACCAAGGAAAAAAGAAGUCAAUUUUGGACCUGACAAAAAUAAAUGUUCUAAAACUAGCAGUUCUUCUACCCACUACGUUUUGGAGGUGGACGAGGAUCUCAUAAGUGCCGGAUUUCCGAGUGAUCUGCCAAGUGGGUUGAUUGACAUAGAAGGGAACUUUAUUGGUGAAUUUGACUUCCGGUUCGAAGAUGACUAUGAGGACGACGACUUUGACUCGUUCUACUGUGAUGAUGAUUUUGACAGUGGUAUUGUUGCUAAAAAGGGUGAAAAAUCUGGUAAAAAGACUAAAAAUAGUGGUAGUAAAAGUAACAAUUCAACAACUAAUAAGAUUGAGAGUGCUCGAGAUUCUGUAAUUUCCCCCAAAAACAAUAACAGCAACAUGGCCGAGCAUCAAGGUCUUCUCAACAAUUAUUGCACAUCGAACUCACAAUCGAGCAAUACAAAUCCUUGUCAGGGGUCCGAAAGUGGUCCAAAUUCUCCAGAAAUUUUAAAGUCGCCAACGAGAACAUUCGUCGCAAGGAGACGGUCUCGCAGUCCUCAUGCCCCUCUUGAUCGACACUACAGCUCCGGAGCUACCUCCAACCCAACCACACUAGCCCAGCAUUAUUACCCGGAAGCAGGAUGGGGUUGGGUGGUUUUGGUCACUGCCACUUCAUGCCAUACCCUUCUUUGUGGGAUGCAACUCUCCUUUGGAAUUUUAAUGACACCCAUUUUUAACAAGUUUGGGGAGGAGUUGGCCCUUCCUUCAGGGUUUUUGGGAGCAUUAUCUCUUGGAAUCUCACUCUUACUUUCACCUGUUUGGGUCUCAAUAUGCAAAAGAAAAAGUACACGUCUCUCUGCAGUUUUUGGAGGAUUGGUGGCAUCACUGGGAUGUCUCUUUACCUCGUUUGCGUCUCAAUUUCAUCAACUUUUCUUCAGUUAUGGAGCAUUUAUUGGAGUCGGCGUUGGUUUAACCAGGGACGCGUCGACCUUAAUGGUUGGGCAGUAUUUUAAGCGGAAACGGGACAUGGUGGAAAUCGUGGUUGUUUCUGGGGCCGGUCUGGGAAUAAUUAUCCAGUCGGUCGCGAUACAUGCUGCCAUAACCUCGUUAGGAUGGAGGCUUGGGCUUCAAGCAAUUACAGGAUCUCUCUUAGUCACCUUCUUCCUGGGAACGUGUUACCGAUCUGCCUCCCUGUACCACCCACAGCGGCGUGCCAUCGUGCAUUUAAAGCAGACCAAGCGUAAAGUGAAAGAGAAGGAGAAACGAGAGGAAAAACCUCCAUUUAUCGAUUGUUCAUGUCUGAGGAGUAAAACCCUCCAGAUUUUACUCUUGUCCAGUGCUUUCGUCUCUUUUGGACUCUACAACCCAAUCUUUUCUCUGGCUGUUGAAUGUAGUAGAAAAGGCCUUGAGGGGAGUUGUUCUCUAGUCUUGCUCCAUGUUUACGUUGGGGCCGCGUGGAUCCUUGGGUGUCUCUUUUUUGGACUACUAAUUAUUCAAAAGAGCCCAGAUUGUCGCGUUUCGAAACAGUAUUUAACUCAGGUUGCAAGUGUUAUUUGCGGAAUCUCAAUAUUGACCUUGACUUCGGUCAAGGGGAAUAACGGAAUGGUGAUCUUUUCUUGGGUGUAUGGGUUCGCACUUGGAGGUUACAACUAUGCCUUAAAAGUCUACACGUACGAGAGGGUCAGAGCUCGACAUUUUCCAAGAGCGUGGUCAUUCGUUCAGUCAGUUCAAGCUAUUCCACUGCUUAUUGGAGUCCCACUUACGGGGGAAAUCAACCAAGCGAUGGGAUGGAGGUAUGGGUAUCUGCUUUCAGCCAUUUCCAUCUUCAUUGGCGCAGCGUGUCUUUUUCUGACGGAUGUGCGGAGAAGAAAAAUGUCCAGGAGGAAGGCCAAUAGUCAAAAUAGUUCAAUGAAAACGUGCGAAACGACGGAUGGGACGCAAUCUCCUAAAUCGAAAAGACUGUCAUUCUCGUUACCAGCCGUGGACCAACCACAACCUCUGGCGAAACAGCAUGAUUCCGAUGAUGAAGACGGUCCCGGUGGGGAAGUGGAUCCGAAUUCGGGAAUGAUGAAGGAACUCACUUGCAUUUCGGAGGAAGGACUUGCAGACAUGGAUUUUCAAGGAAUUUACUUUGACGAAUGGGCCGAUUAUUUUGGAGAAUGUAUAACUUCGUGUAACAAAGUGGAAAACUGUCUGAAUUCGGAAUACGAUCCGGACUAUGCAGUUUUAGUGGAACGGAGGGCGAGACGGUGGUCCGCAGCUAGACAAAAUGCCAACCCGUCUGCGGGUACAAGCUCGUUACAUCAUCCCGUCGGGGGAAUGAAGGGGGGCAAAGCAAAAUCCUCAGUGCUCGGAGUUCCUGGCCUAAAUCCAAAGUUAUUCCAAUUAAAUUUGGGACAACGGUAUCAAAAACAAGGUUGUUCUCCAUCCUGUCUAACGAGGCAGAGUCAGAUAGCGUCGGCCUCUUCGUCCACGGAAAAUCAACCAAGUGCCACAGCAGCCGCGGCCGUGGGGGUGGUUCGAGCAGUCCCGUUUCUUCGAAGUCAUAUCAGUCAAGUAGAGAAAGAUGGACGGGGUGGUGUAAACCGCAGAAAUAAUCAAGUUAAAGCUGACGGGCAGAACUGUAGUUUUGAGGCUAUCGAUGAGGACUCGGUGUAAUAAUUAAGUAUUUAUUAAUACUGAAUGUUUCCGAAGAAUUUACAAAAUGCGACUGUUUUUUUAUAUUUAAAAGUGAGAUUAUUUAUUAUUAAAUUAUUAAAUAUUAUGCAUAAAUAUGUACUCUACUCAUCUUAGUUUAGUACCCAUAAUAUUUUUCACAAAGUCUUGUCUGCAUUUGUGCAUCUUUUAUUGAUUCGCUAAAAACUUGUA